AUGGGCUUUUCUUCCAAUGAAUUUGCGCAGUCGACUGAUGCCCAACCGCAAUCCGUCGCCAUCCCUGACAAUGAGACCACUUUGACUGACAACCCAGAAUCCCCAGCUGCCGUAGCAAAUGGCACCCCGACUGCUAAAUCGCCUUCUCCUAGCGUACCAAAUGGCAAGCCCACCUCUCCAUAUGUGAGAGAAAGCAACCCCAUGGGUUCAGGUGCCGCCCAGACCGUGUCGUCCAAAGACCCCAAGGCAGCAGCUCAAGCUGCCAGCGACAUGCGCAACGUUGUGCGAAGGAAGCUGACGGGAUACGUUGGCUUCGCCAACCUGCCUAAUCAGUGGCAUCGCAAGAGCGUCCGCAAGGGCUUCAACUUCAACGUCAUGGUUGUUGGUGAAUCUGGACUUGGAAAGUCUACCCUCGUCAACACCCUUUUCAACACCUCGCUCUAUCCUCCUCGCGAGCGCAAAGGACCCAGCCUCGACAUCAUCCCAAAGACGGUGGCCAUCCAGUCGAUCAGUGCCGACAUUGAAGAGAACGGUGUCAGACUGAGGUUGACAGUUGUCGAUACUCCCGGCUUUGGCGACUUUGUGAACAACGACGACUCCUGGCGACCAAUCGUUGAGAAUAUUGAGCAGAGAUUCGAUGCUUAUCUCGAGGCCGAGAACAAGGUCAACCGCAUGAACAUCGUAGACAACCGGGUGCACGCCUGUGUCUACUUCAUCCAGCCCACGGGCCACUCCCUCAAGCCUCUUGACAUUGAAGUCAUGCGCCGCCUGCAUACCAAGGUCAACCUGAUCCCUGUGAUCGCCAAGGCCGACACCCUGACUGAUGAGGAAGUCGCUUCCUUCAAGCAGAGAAUUUUGACUGACAUUCAGCACCACUCGAUCCAGAUCUUUGAGGGUCCGCGCUACGAACUCGACGACGAGGAGACCAUUGCCGAGAACCAGGAGAUUAUGUCCAAGGUUCCCUUCGCGGUGGUUGGUGCCAACUACGAAGUCACCAAUGCUGAGGGCCGCAAGGUCAGGGGCCGUCGCUACCCUUGGGGCAUCAUCGAGGUGGACAAUGAGGAGCAUUGCGACUUUGUCAAGCUGCGCCAGAUGCUCAUCCGCACUCACAUGGAAGAGCUCAAGGAGCAUACCAACAACUUCUUGUACGAGAAUUACAGAUCCGACAAGCUCAUCCAGAUGGGAGUGUCACAAGAUCCAUCGGUCUUCAAGGAGGUCAAUCCCGCGGUCAAGCAGGAAGAAGAGCGCACAUUGCAUGAGCAGAAGCUGGCCAAGAUGGAAGCCGAGAUGAAGAUGGUCUUCCAACAGAAGGUCAACGAGAAGGAGAGCAAGCUGCAACAGAGCGAAGAGGAGCUGUUUGCCCGUCAUCGCGAGAUGAAGGAUCAGCUGGAGCGACAGCGUCAAGAGCUGGAGGAGAAGAAGUCUCGCAUCGAGCAAGGCCGGCCAAUCGAGGAGAAGGGCAAGAGAAAGGGCUUUUCUCUCCGAUAA